CUGUAAUGAAGAGGAGGAGAAUGCCGCAUUGAAGGCUUGGUACAGUUCCAUUAAUCGAGAGUACCUAUUGGAAACAGACUCAUCCGAGGAGAAUUCGGAAGGUGCCUUCAGUGAUUGCGAUUGGAGCUGGAGUGACAUGAUGAUGUCCUCCUCCUCCGCCAACUCAGCCACAGCGACAAUUACAACGCCAAGUGAGGACGAUGCUCGCUCCACAAUCAGUAACAGCAGCAUGUCCACAACAACGUCGUCAUCGUUGACGCCCAGUUCGCUUAAGAGAAGAGGUCACCAACAUCAUCCCAGGUUUUCUGGUACUAGAAGACCGGUUGUUCCGCCCAAUGUCCAAGAGAUUUUAGCUGCUCUGUACAAGAACGACGACAAUGCAUCACAACAAGAACAACAACAAACUACUUCGUCCUCCAACCUAGAUAUUGACCCGACGUACGAUGACAGCCUGGUCAGCUAUCCCGAUGACCCAGAAGAUGAUCCCGAAAUGGCCCAGCGUAUCAAAGCAUCACUUAAUUUGCCUUUGACUGAAUCAGUCACAACAUCAAUGGGCAGUAACAGCCCAACGCCCACUGACGAUAGUAGUAUGUUGGACGAAGGUGUGAUGCAGACAUCUACCUCAGGUUCUUCUUCCGCAAUACAGCCACUCAGAGAAAAGAAAUCCAAGUCGAAACGUGAUAAAGGAGAAAAAUCGUCUGGCGAUACCACCACCAAGGAGAAAAAGUCGAAGAAAUCCAAAAAAGAUAAGUCGAAACGUGCCUCAGCUUGCCUAGACUCUAGCACCGACAUAACAAAUGCAGCAUCCAACAGUGACUUGGCAUCGGCAGCCACCGACGAGGGCAUUGCCAUCGACGAUGAUGAUGUCCAGUCGGCGGAAUGGGCAAAUCUGAGAUGUACAAGUGAGGCAGCUGAAAUUGUGGCUGAACGGGAAGCUAGACGAAAUAAAAAUCGUUGUGCCGACUACCCGGGUCUUGCCUUUGGUCGUUCCAUUUUCAGCUCCGAUACCAUGAUGAAAUUUAACAUAAUUCGCAAUGAAUUGCAUAACAUCAUGAAUACACAAUUGAAACGGGCCGAAUCUGAAGUUGCCGCUUUGAACCGUCGCAUUCAAUUGCUCGAAGAAGAUUUGGAACGUUCCGAAGAACGUUUGGGUUCUGCCACAGCUAAGCUCUCUGAAGCUUCCCAAGCUGCCGAUGAAAGUGAACGUGCUCGUAAGAUCCUUGAGAACCGCGCCCUUGCCGAUGAAGAACGCAUGGACGCUCUUGAGAAUCAAUUGAAGGAAGCACGUUUCCUUGCUGAGGAGGCUGACAAGAAAUACGAUGAGGUUGCCCGUAAAUUGGCCAUGGUUGAAGCUGAUUUGGAGCGUGCUGAAGAACGUGCCGAACAAGGAGAAAACAAAAUUGUUGAACUUGAAGAAGAACUCCGCGUCGUUGGUAACAACUUGAAAUCCCUUGAAGUUUCUGAAGAAAAGGCUACACACAAAGAAGAAACUUUAGAGUCACAGCUCAGACUUUUGGAUCAUCAGCUAAAAGAGGCUGAAGCUCGCGCUGAAUUUGCCGAACGUUCCGUUCAAAAAUUGCAAAAGGAAGUCGACAGGCUCGAAGACGACCUUGUUUUGGAAAAAGAAAGAUACAAGGACAUUGGAGACGAUCUCGACACCGCCUUCGUCGAACUCAUCCUCAAGGAAUAAUUUCGGAAAUCUUAAGAUGUCUAUGCGCUCUGAAAUACCAACGUAUCGUGUGUCCUGUUUUGUAAUGGCAGUGCAGUUUUGAGUCGUAGUUUUUAGAGUGUAUUGAAAAGCAACACCCACCCCGUAUUUAAUUAUUUAUUUAUUUUUAUUUGCACUUUUGGAUUUUGUUGUUUCAACUCAAACGAUUUAUUUUGUUUACACUAUAUAUGUAAAUUAAAAUGUAAUAAAAUCACCAAUACCAUUAUA